AUGCCCGAUCCGAGAAGAGAUGCUCGAUCUACGUGCCUCUACUUUGGUCUUGUUAGAACACGGGCUGCUGGUCCAUCGCGAGUGCCCCCUUCACACGGACAGCCAUCAUCGCAGCAGACUGGUGCUGGACCGUCGCGCUCUCCCGCCGCCGCCUCCAGUCGACAGCCUGACAGCAGACGCGAGACAGGGCCCCGCGAUUCUGAACGCGUCGAAGAAGUUGAAUUUCGUCAGUUUCGCUCGCAACACCACAGAACUAGCAAUGGCGAAACAGAAAGUCGAUCAGAAUUCAAAAUGGCUUAUAUCAGGACCAGGGACGUGAAUACAUCAGCUCAAGACCGAAAUGGUUCUCGUCCAGAAAACGCGGUGCCGACUAGGACGACUGCACCGCAGCAGUCUACCAACACCGCAGCGCCGAGACCACGUACCACGACUCCCUCGCAUGUUCCCACGAGGACUGCUCCGCCGCCGCCAGUGUCACGAGACGCCCGCGCUCUUCCUGCUCCUCCGACGUCGAGACCACGUACCACGGCUCCGCGCAUGCUCCCACGAGGAAUUCUCCGCCGUCGCUAG